AAGAAGGAGCUCUUGGGAAAUGCCAUCGCUGGGAGUGCCGCGAGCGCGCCUCAUACCCUCACAAUGACCGCUGGAGGUCUCACUCCUGAGAAAGACAAAACACAUUACACGCAUUUAUUGUAGCAUCUGUAUGGGUUUACAACAUCUGAUCUGCACUAGACUGACUGCUCCACUAUUCAGCCAGCCUCCGCUAAAAAAAAAAUGACAGCCUUCUCCUGAGUUGUUCAGGCGCGUUAACUUUGAACAAAUUCAGUGAGGCACGUCCCGGCGGAAAUCUUACUUUCGAUGCAUGAGAGUUUGAGGUUUUCAGCCACUGAACAGGCAGCAUCUGGGCUGAAUCAUUUGCAUUAUGGCUUCGGAUCAAGAAAGCAACAGGCAGCGUUUGAAACAGCUUCUGGGGAAACCUGGGAAUGGAAACUGUGCCGACUGCGGGGCUGCAAAUCCAGAGUGGGCAUCCUAUACCCUGGGAGUGUUUGUGUGUCUCAGCUGCUCCGGCCUUCAUAGAAACAUUGCUCAGAUCAGCAAGGUAAAAUCUGUCCUGCUGGAUCCCUGGAGCUCCACUGAGUUGGAGUUUAUGGACUCUGUGGGCAACAAUGCUGCCAAGGCCAAAUAUGAACAGAUAGUUCCUGCCUUCUACUACAGACCUACACACAAAGACUGCACACUCCUGCGGGAACAAUGGAUCCGAGCCAAGUACGAGAGGAAAGAAUUCUUGUGUGUAGAGAGGCAGGAGCCCUACUCGGCAGGCUACAGAGAGGGGUUUCUAUGGAAACGAGGCAGAGACAAAGGACAGUACCUCAGCCGGAAAUUUAUUCUGUCUGAACGGGAAGGUGUUUUGAAGUACUUCAUCAAGCACGAUGCCAGAGAGCCUAAAACGAUAAUGAAGAUCAAUACUUUGAAUGCCACUUUCCAACCAACAAAAAUCGGUACUGCCAAUGGUCUGCAGAUAACCUAUUUGAAGGACAACAGCACUAGGAAUAUCUUUGUUUACCAGGAGGAUGGAAAGGAAAUGGUGGACUGGUUCAACGCCAUCAGAGCAGCCAGGUUUCACUACAUGCAGGUGGCAUUUCCUGGAGCUUCCACCUCUGAAUUGUUACCAAAGCUAACCAGGAACUUCGUAAAGGAGGGAUACAUGGAGAAGACUGGUCCAAAGCACACAGAGGGUUUCAAGAAGAGAUGGUUCACCUUGGAUGACAGGAGGCUCAUGUACUUCAAAGAUCCACUGGAUGCCUAUGCACGAGGCGAGGUGUUCAUUGGAAGCAGUGAAAACAGCUAUACAACGCUGCCCGGCCUCCCGCCGAACAUUCAGGGCUACCAUUGGCAGUUUGGAAUUACCAUAGUUACCCCAGACAGGAAGUUUCUACUUGUGUGCGAGACUGAAGAGGAUCAGAAAGAUUGGAUCGCUGCAUUACAGACUGUUAUCAACAGACCAAUGCUGCCCCAGGAGUAUGCAGUGCAGGCCUAUUUUAAGCACAAACCGUGACUUAGUGUUUGAAAACCUGUUGGUGCAUGGAGUGGAGCUGGAGGAACAAAAGAACCUCAGAUGUGUACUUGAUAUCUUAAAAUGGUUAGUCUUUAUAAAGACUUAAAGGUGACAGAGAAAAAGACCUAAAGGUCUACCUGCCAUCCUGCUCAAUGUUAUGUGCCAGAUCCAUUUCUUACGGAGUCCCAAUCACUCCUAAGCUCAUGAAUGUUAGCCUAACUCACUCAUCUGUUACAAGAUAUGACUUACACAAUUAAGAGGUCAGUCAUCCUGACCUGAAGGCACAUGUUAUGUUAGUAGGAAUCAAAUAUUAAAAGGUGUUUUCUCCAUUGUCAUUGACAUAGUAGUAUCUAAUUUGCUGUUGUUUGCUGUUGCCAAGCACUGCAGGUAAAAUUAUUAUUUAAUAAUUGUUAUUUUUGCUUUGUUUUUACAAUUCAAGCAGCUGAAUGUAAAUUGCUGUGUGCACUGUUUAUCACAUUUAAGAAUUUUCUUGCGUUACUUUGUUUCUCCUUUUUGUAAAACUUUAUAGAAAUUGUGAUGCAUAUUAGCAUUUACUUUCCUUAUUAUUCCAGAAGAGGGAGACAGAGGAAAGGUGUUAAACUUACUAUUACUAAUGCACUGAACUCACUGUGGAGUUGUAUAGGAGAAUCUGUGUAAGUGAAACUGAAAUGUCAUCUAUUAAAAGGGUAAAAGCCA